ACAGCAGCUGGAUCAGUGGUAGAGGGAGUCAGCCUCCAUGGCCUGGGGGAGGGGGUGGCACGUGGUGGUGCACCCAGAGCGCGCCUUGCAGUGUAUAAGGUUGGGUGGGAGGAGGAGAAUGGGGUAUACCUUGCUACUGCUGCAGUGCUAGCAGCAAUGGAUGACGCAAUAUAUGAUGGAGUUGGCAUCCUGUCUCUCUCAUUAGUCGCCGAUGAUGAUUCCUUUGGUGCACUCCAUGCCGUCCAGAAUAGGAUUACUGUUGUUUAUGCUGGGGGAAAUGGUGGCCCAAGAUCACAAGUUCUCUUUAACACAGCUCCUUGGGUCAUUACAGUCGCAGCAAGCAAGAUUGAUCGAUCUUUUCCAACCACCAUCACCCUGGGAAACAAGCAGACAUUAAUUGGUUAAUCACUAUAUUACAUGUUGAAGAACGAAUCCAACAGCACAUUCCAUACACUUGUAAAUGGUGGCAAUUGUUCAAGUGAAGUGCUAAAUGGCACAAAUAUCAAGGGAAAAAUUGUUCUCUGCAUUGAAAUGACUUUUGGCCCAGUAGUAAAAAUUUUCGAAGAUGCCUUUGCAAAUGUUCAUAGUGGUGGCGCAUCUGGACUUAUUCUCGCUCUAUAUACCACAGACGUUCUUGCGAACACUGAGAAAUGCCAAGGCAUACCCUGUGUUUUAAUUGACAUUGACAUUGGGUUCCAAGUUCUAACAUACAUUGGCAGUCAACGGUCACCCAUUGCAAAGAUUGAGCCAACAAGCAGCGUUACGGGACAACAAGUUCUGGCACCAAAGGUUGCAAUGUUCUCCUCGAGAGGCCCAUCCAUCAAAUACCCUACAAUUCUUAAGCCUGACAUAGCAGCACCAGGAGUCAACAUUUUAGCAGCCACAAAAGAUUCAUAUGUAUUUAGCUCAGGAACAUCAAUGGCAACACCACAUGUAGCAGGUGUUGUGGCAUUGAUAAAGGCUCUACAUCCCCGAUGGUCUCAUGCUGCCCUAAAAUCUGCAGUCGUUACCUCUGCAUCAACCAAGGAUGAACAUGGCACGCCGAUUUUAGCAGAAGCGCUACCUCGGAAGGUUGCUGACCCAUUUGACUACGGAGGGGGGAACAUAAAUCCUAAUGGAGCUGCCGAUCCUGGCCUCAUUUACGAUAUCGAUCCAAGAGAGUACAAUAAGUUUUUUGAAUGCCAGAUCAAGAAAUACGAGAUUUGCAACAUCACGACGAAGCCAGCCUAUCUCCUAAACCUGCCAUCUAUAUCUAUUCCGGAACUAAGGCAUCCAACUAAGGUGGAGAGAACAGUGACAAAUGUGGGCAAGGUCGACGCGGUUUAUCGAUCAGACAUUCAGCCCCCCUUAGGAGUCAAGAUCAGAGUUGAACCAGCAACGCUAGCCUUCAAUGCCACAAAGAAAGUGCACACCUUCAAGGUUAGCAUAAAACCACUGUGGAAGGUGCAAGGGGACUACACAUUUGGCAGCCUGACUUGGUACAACGAGCAGCAUACAGUAAGGAUCCCAAUAGCAGUCCGGAUCACAAUACAAGAUUUCUAUGCCGAUGUUGCAUGAUCUGAAGUAGGUGGGCGGAGAAUAAAGAUCGGUGGUCCAUAUACAUUAGAUUUCAAGGGAAUCUCAUAAAUAAGAAGAUUAUUACUUGUAAUUGCUACUUGAGAAAGUAUUGGGAAUAAGGAGACUGUUGGGGUGUUACGAUUA